AGCGCCGCCCGCGCCUCAGCCGCUCAAUGGGCGGGGGGCCGACGAGGAAGUGGCAUUGGAGGGCCUGGAGCCCCAGGACCUGGAGGCCGCCGCCGGGGCGGCCGCCGCCGCCGAGGAAGCCAAGGAGUUGCCGCUCCCCCAAGACGCGGGGGGCCCCGCCUCGCUGGGCGGCAGUGGCGCGGGGGGCCCCCUGCUAGCGGAAAGGAACCGUCGGACUCUGGCCUUCCGAGGCGGCGGCGGCGGCGGGGGUCUCGGCAACAAUGGCAGUAGCCGCUGCCGCCCCGAGACCUCGGCGUGGCGCCUGAGACAUUUCAAUGGGCGAGGGUCGGCGGCCGUGGACCUGGAGCUGGACGCGCUGGAGGGGAAGGAGCUGAUGCCGGACGGCGCGUCCCUGAGCGACAGCACCGAGGACGAGGAGGAGGGGGCGAGCCUGGGCGACGGCAGCGGGGCGGAAGGCGGCAGCUGCGGCAGCAGCAGGCGGUCGGGCGGCGAUGGCGGGGACGAAGCGGAGGGCAGCGGUGUGGGCGCUGGCGAGGGAGAGACUGUCCAGCCCUUCCCGCUGGCGCGCCCCAAGUCCCUCCUGCAGAAGCUCCACUGCUCCUUCCAGAGCUCCUGGCUCAAGGAUUUCCCGUGGCUGCGCUAUUCCAAGGAUACUGGCCUUAUGUCUUGCGGCUGGUGCCAAAAGACCCCUGAGGACGGGGGAAGCGGGGACCUUCCCCCGGUGGGGCAUGAUGAGCUUUCGCGAGGGACCCGCAACUACAAGAAGACCCUCCUCCUGAGGCACCACGUCUCGAGCGAGCACAAAGCCAACGCCCAGGAGUCAGAAAUACCAUCAGAGGAAGGGUACUGUGACUUUAAUAGUAGGCCAAAUGAGAACUCUUACUGCUAUCAGCUUCUUCGACAACUAAAUGAACAGAGAAAGAAAGGUAUUCUUUGUGAUGUCAGCAUUGUGGUGAGUGGAAAAAUCUUUAAAGCUCAUAAGAACAUCCUGGUUGCAGGCAGCCGUUUCUUUAAGACUUUAUAUUGCUUUUCAAACAAAGAAAGCCCUAACCAAAACAAUACUACCCAUUUAGAUAUUGCUGCAGUUCAAGGUUUUUCAGUCAUCUUGGACUUCUUGUAUUCUGGUAACCUGGUGCUCACAAGCCAAAAUGCCAUUGAAGUGAUGACAGUGGCCAGCUAUCUUCAAAUGAGUGAAGUUGUUCAAACUUGCCGCAAUUUCAUUAAAGAUGCCUUAAAUAUAAGCAUUAAAUCGGAAGCUCCAGAGUCUGUAGUUGUGGACUACAAUAACAGAAAACCAAUUAAUAGAGAUGGUCUGUCUUCAUCACGGGAUCAAAAAAUUGCCAGUUUUUGGGCAACACGGAAUCUUACCAACUUGGCAAGCAAUGUAAAAGUUGAAAAUGAUGGUUGCAGCGUCGACGAGGGCCAAAUAGAUAACUACCAAAUGAACGACAGUAGUUGGGUUCAGGAUGGCUCUCCUGAAUUGGCUGAAAAUGAAUCUCAAGGUCAGACAAAAGUGUUUAUUUGGAACGAUAUGGGCUCCCAGGGGAUUCAAGAGACUGGCAAAACGAGGAGGAAAAACCAAACUACAAAGCGGUUUAUUUAUAAUGUACCACCUAAUAAUGAAACAAAUUUAGAAGAUUGCUCAGUGAUGCAGCCACCUGUUGCCUAUCCAGAAGAAGAUUUGUCAUUCAUCAAGGAAGAACCAGAUUUGGAUGGUGCUCUACUCUCAGGGCCGGAUUGUGAUCGGAACGUGAAUGCAAGCUUAUUGGUGGAAGCCAGCUCCGGUCAAGAUGGAAGUGAUGCUGGUACUUCGCAUGAUUUCAAGUAUGGGUUGUUGCCCGGCCCUUCAAGUGAUUUCAAGUAUGGAUUGAUACCGGGUACUUCAAAUGAUUUUAAAUAUGGAUUGAUACCAGGUGCUUCCAACGAUUUCAAAUAUGGAUUAUUACCGGAAUCUUGGCCAAAACAAGAAACCUGGGAAAAUGGUGAAUCAUCUCUAACCAUGAACAAGUUAAAAUGCCCUCAUUGUAGCUAUGUAGCCAAAUACAGACGAACACUAAAAAGGCACUUGCUCAUUCACACAGGAGUGAGGUCAUUUAGCUGUGAUAUUUGUGGAAAGCUGUUUACUCGAAGAGAACAUGUGAAAAGACAUUCCCUGGUGCAUAAAAAGGAUAAAAAGUACAAAUGUAUGGUGUGUAAGAAGAUCUUCAUGUUAGCAGCCAGUGUUGGAAUAAGACAUGGAUCUCGACGCUAUGGUGUUUGUGUAGACUGUGCAGAUAAAUCACAGCCAGGAGGGCAAGAAGGUGUAGAUCAGGGACAGGAUACAGAUUUCCCUCGGGAUGAAGAAUAUGAAGAGAAUGAAGUAGGAGAAGCUGAUGAAGAGCUGGUUGAUGAGGGAGAAGAUCAGAAUGAUCCAUCUCGAUGGGACGAACCAGGAGAUGUUUGUAUGUCUCUAGAUGAUUGACUGACCUACUGUACUCCUCAAGGAUGCUGCAUUCGGACAUAACAUGAAUCGACAAUUGGAAUUGUUGAACUUGAAGGCUUGCGUAAUAUGGUACAUAAUAUGGUAGUUAUGUUGCUGUGAAAACUGUAGGGUCAAAGCCUUAUAGCAAAAAAAUUUUUUUAUAUUUGCACAGGACUGUACAGCAAACAACCUUGUGGUUGAAUUACAUGGAGUCCCCACAUAUUCAGUCAGUUAUCAAAGUAAAAAAUAUUUUUUAUUUAUAGGAUAUACAGUAACUCUUUGGGUCCUAUGAAAAUAUAGUCCCUGUCCUUGUAAAGCUUCCAUUCAUGUGCCCCUUCAACAUGAAUGAAGAAAAUCGAUUUCUGGAAGUACAGUGAUAGCUGACCCAGUCACUCUGUCCAUCAAACCACUCAGGCUAGUUUGUACUGGUAAGAGUUUUGUUUCUAUUUUUAUUUUAUUAUUUUUUUUUUUUAAUACAGAUUUUCAGUGAGGGGCUUUUUCAACCCCAUUGGUUCUACUUUCUUGUAUUUUCCGUAUUAAUUUGCUUCAUAACUUGAAACCAAGUCUCUUCUAGUCGUAGGUAAUAUUUCUCAGUUUUGUGCUACUAGGCAUGUUUAUAAGAACUGGAGAGGUAUUUAUUGGAAUGAACUGACUUCCUCCAUUCCCCCUUUCCUUUUUGACAUGAAUUUGACUACUUCACAAAUGUAGAAUGAUGUUGCCAAGUUACCGUCGUGAAGUUGCAAGUACCACUAAAAUGAUGAUGAUUUGGAAGUAACUUUCUCCUGCUGCUUUAAUCCGAUAAAUGGUUACUAUAUGACGUGUUCUGACAUGGCAUUCUCGGUUUUGGGUAUCUGUUACUUUGGCACUAUUCUUGUUAGCCUUUUUUUUUUUUUUUUUUUUUGCCAGUGUACUAUACCUCAGUCCUAUUUGAAAGACAUAAAUCUUAAUUGAAAAAAAAGUCAUAGAAACAGUAAGCAAAAUGAUAUGUUUUAUAAUUUAUCCUGUCCAGUUUGGUUAGCUUGUUAUGCAAUAUAAGUGAAAUAUCAGGUUUUUACUCCUGUGCCCUUUUUAUUAUUAAAAUUAACACAAAAAUUGCAUUCUCUUUUGUUUGAUACUUACCCAGGUUAUUGAGUGUUUUAAAAUUGUGAUGGAUAAUUAAGUUAGUUUUUCAAUUCCUUAAAGUCACCAUACCUUGAUAUAUAUUCUUAUUAGUAAUAACCAUGAUUCAACAAUCUACGGAAUCUUACAAAUAAAAUAUUGAGAGGCUUUACAAUUUAUUGUUUUAUUAACUAAAUUUCUUCAGGGUACAAAGCAUAAUAUAUUAAGUUAAAAUUGACAGAUUUAUUUAGCCUUGUGGCAAAUGAAUUAGCUAAUUAGAUCAUUGAACUCACAGCAACAUUUCACAUAGUAAUGUUAACAUGCACAGCAUUUAUCAGGAACAUAUUGUAUAUUAUAUAAGAUUGAAGGACAUCAUAUUUUCAGCUUUCUUUUAAACCAAAAUUGAGUAUAUUUUCCUCUUUUAUAUCAGGUAACUAAAUUAUGCUAGUCAUGUGGAAAAAAUUGCAAAGUAUGCUUUGACAGACAAGAUCCUUUUGGUGCUCCAUCUGAUCAAAGUUGAUAAGUUGGUGUAUUUUAAGAGACGAGUGUUACCAUUGUCUCUUAUUUCAGUGGAAUAAUGGUUUAAUGUUAGACAUUGGCGUUUCUGCUUGGAUAAAUCAAAGAUAAAUUACAGUUACACAGCUAGAUGGCUUUUUUGACAUCUAGACUUUAUUAUAGUUUCCACGUAAUUGUAAACUGAACAGGUGACUAGUUUUGGUUUGAUUUUUGUUCAAAAGUGAAGAAGACAUCCUCUUCUCAACGUUCUAGUCAGAUGAGUAAAAUGGAAUCCUGGUGGGGUCCAAAGUAGAAGUUAGUUGGGCAAAGAUACUAUGAAUGAGAAAGUAUUUUAAAACGUACGAUGUUCUGCUUUGUGAAUAUGUAAGUAUAGUAUAAAGAUUUCUUUUGUCCCAUUUAUCCCCCUCCUUUAAAAUAAACCAUAGUUUACAAUUGGUAGAUCUGUCUAUAUAUAAAUAUAUAUUAAAGAGAAAAGGUAUAUAUCUGAAAAUCACCUAAAUCUGCUUUAUUAGACUACAGUUCACUUAUUGCAUAGAAACUGGACUUGGCUUUACAUUCUUAAUGUACUUUUCUUUAAGAUAUGAACUUAUUCUCUUGAAACUGAAUUUUCUUUUACUUAAAUCAUUUAUGUAUAUCUGGUAAAUUAUGACCAAAUUUUUGUUAGAUUGCAUACAGUAAAUUGAAAUAUACACUUGGUACACUACAGAAUUGUUGUGCUUUUUUGCUUUUAGUUGGAAACAAGGUUUGAUGUAGAUGGGUUGUUACUGUUAAUUUAAAAUAUUCUGUAAUUGUCCAUUACCUUUUGUAUUGUGUUAUGACAGAUUUGGCUAUAUUUUUAGUCAACUGAAAUAUGAUACUUUAAAGGUUUGUUUUUAGAAAGGUAAUCCAAAGGAAAAUAUGUUUAUACUCUUGACUGUAUUAGCCUCAGCCUAUAUAAAAUUUCUUCUUUUAAAGUAAACGUUUUACCAGAAACAAAAUUGACAGAUUUUUCUACUUGCUGACUGCCUAAUUUAUUUUGUUUUAUGAUCUUGGGGGACUGCCUUUUUCCUCUAGAUCUUUUUUUAAAAAAAAAAAAAAAAAUAGUUUUAGUACUAAGGUAUACUACUGGACAUUUCUAUUUUUUUAAGUAUAUUCUUUUUUCUGACUUACAAUACAAUUUCAGGAAGUUGACAGAUAUUAAGAACUUAUGAUUGGUCUCAGAGAGGUAACAAUGGAAUACUCAUAAUUUUGUCUAUGGAGCCCUGACAGAAUUAUGUGGUACACAUUUAUUGAAUUUUUCUCUCGUAACUUAUAUUUUAAAUGAAAUAUAUUUUAGAGCUUUUAAUUUUAAUGAAGGGGAAGAGUAUAAACUGUUUCUUCAUAAUCACUCUGUAGUAGCAGUCCCUCUCGUAAAUCAAGAUCAUGUAUUGGUUCUUUAUGAUUCUCAGAGACAGUUACUUCCAUAUGGUCCCUUCUUUGUCAUAGUUAUCGGCCUUAUUUUUCAUAUUCUGUAGAUGUUUUGCUAAAUUUUAGCACCCUAGCAAUUUAGAGCUAAAAGAAACUUUAGGAAGGGGAAACUGAACAGUCAUGAGUAGCUUUGAAAUUUGGGGGUGAAACACUACCUGGUUUAGGUGGAGCCGUCCUGAUGAGGAAGAGGGAGAAAGCACUUAGAACACUGUCUGGUACAUAGUGCACACUACAUCUUAGCGGCUUACUGACAGAUGUGAGCCAAGGGGGGAAAAUCAUAAAAAGGGUAAAAGGAGGGAGAAAACAGGAAAUGCAAGGAUUAAGGCUGGGAAGUCUGCAUUAAUACAAUGCAGUGUAAAAGAAGGCCUGAAGAUGACUGGGAUAGCGUAGUAUGGGGGGAACGUGUGAGGGAAAAUAAGUUUUAAAAAUCUAUAUUUUUAGGAUUUUCUCAGCAUGGCAUGAAAGGUUUAGAUAUAUUUUUCUGAAUAAUGAUUCCAGAAGCUACCAUUGUUUUGGUACACACGGAGUGCCUCCAUGUGCCAUUGGUUGUGCUUUACAUUAUCCAAUCCCUAUACGAUAGGUGCUAUUGUCUCCAUUUUAUAGAUGAGGAAAGGCUCAGAGAGAUUCAGAAACUUGCCUGGUUUAACAUCAUUGCUACCACGUGCUAGAGCUGGGGUUUAAUCAGGUCUCAUUCUGAAGCCUGUAUCUUUCCAGGAGGCGCUAUCUCUGCCUCAUUAAAUAACUUUUGUAGAAUUUCAGCUCUUUAAAGACGUUUAUCUAUGGAGACAUGUUUCCCCUAUAAAACGCCCAUACAGCUAUUUUAGGAAUUUGGGUGUCUGAUCUGCCCUCCUCCGAGUAAGUAUCCUUACUACUCUUUCCUCCCGACAAAGCAGUUGUUUUGUCACUUGACUGUAACCAGGUGCCCAGACACAGGGUAGCACGUGCUAUUAAUUGGCUCUAGCAUUUUCAUUUUUAAAAGGAUGGUUUUUAACUGAACUAGAUACGAACCCCAGUUUUAUCUGUGCCGUUCAGUCACCCAGAUCCUUAAACUUAACUAUGGUACUUAAAUAUGUGCUUAGGACUAGCAGGUAUUUUUUCUUGGUGACUUUAGGAUUUAAAAUGGAAGGUUCUUUUCCUGCUAUACCCCUGCUUUCAAGUGAGUUUGAACAAUUCUUGGCAGUUCAAGAUGUGUUAGGGAUAAGCACACUUUAAAAGAUGAUUUCUAGCCUUGAAUUUUAUGACAUUGGGUACUUAAAUUUGGAGUACACUGACUAUUGAGAACAAAAUUUUAGGUUGAGGAGAGGGAUGGUUGAGGCCAUUAUGAAAUGGGAGAGUCAUCAUUUUAAACCCUGUAAACAUAAAAGAACACUUUCUUCUGCCUGCUGUUUGUAAAAGCUCUUUGGGAAGAUCUUUUACGAAGACCAAUUUUUUUUUUUUUUUUUAAAUGUAAUUUACCUACCUAGUAUAAGUGUCCUCAGACAUGUAUGUAAACUUCCAAAACUGUUUUAUCUGUGUAUUUAGAAAAUACACAAGAAUCUUUAUCAAACCUAAAAAUAUAAACUUGUGAGCACUAAACCGCUUCUGGCUUUGUGAAUUUUAUUGACUCCGACGUUUAAUUCAGACUCCUUUGCAUUUAAAGUAAGUGUACUAAUUUACAGUAAUUGGAAAAGUGGAACACCUUCGUAAAUUUUGACUUAUGUGUAAUUGAGAUAUCUUUGUACAUAAGGUUUGCCAAGUAGUUUGAAUUAUAGAAUAUUACAAGGGGUUUUUUUGUCUGUUUGUUUUUAUAUGGAAGUGCAUAAAUGACUCAAACGAUCUCCUAGUAAGUAAAUCCUUGGAGAGCUGUUUUAAUAGAUAACGGUGGUUUGUAGUGAGUGUAUCAUUUAUCUUUCAUCUUGACUCACUCAGGACUGUCUACAGGAUUUUGAAAAUGUUUAGAGAAUAUUUCUCUGUAAUUUGCCAUCGUGCAUAAUCUCAGGCCAGUGGGCUGAAGAGCAAAGGUGAACUAUUGCUUCAUCCGAUAUUUACUGUUUAUUAGUAGAUUAAUGAAUUACAAGUUGUCUUAGGGUUCUCUAGAGGAACAAAACCGGUGAAGCAUAUAUAUUUAAAUAUAGAGAGAUUUAUUUCAAGGAAGAGGCUUAGGCAGUUGUGGAGGCUGGCAAGUCCCAUAUCUGUGGAUGAGGUGUUAGGCUGGAAGCUUUUCUUGACUCACAUGGUUGCCGGGGCUGAUGAACCCAAAAUCAGGAGGUCAGGCAGCAGGCUGCUGGCUCAUGUCCCAAGAACUAGAGGUCAGAAGAUGACAAGUCGGAUGCAGGAACGAGAGAGAGCAAACUUUGCCAGAACAUCCAUAUAUAUAUUGGAUACAGACCACUCCCCCAAGGAAACUUCCUUUUCAACUGAUUGGCUACUCACAUCAGAUAAUAAAAUAGAGGAUGAUUACAUAAUAUCUGCCAAACCGCUGAGAAUCAUGGCCUAGUCAAGUUAACACAUAACCAUCACACAAGUAAAUAUGUAAUAAUUCAAAUUUUUAUACUUAACAUUUAAUAUAGAAAAAAAUGUAAUACCUAAUUUGUUUCCUAGGGUUUUUUUUUUCUAAGUUAAU